AUGCCAGAGCCAGAAGAGCCCGAGGUGGAAUCACCGGAGCCCGUGGAGUCAGAGCCUGACGGGACGCUCGAAGAACUCGCGCCGAGAGAACUACUACCAGAAGUACCACCCUCAGCGCCAGUGGUGCCAGUUGCGCUCACUCCGGAAUCUCCAGAGGAAUCUCCGGAGCCUUCGCCGGAAGAUCCUCCAGACAAACCACCGGAAGGACCGCCAGACACGCCAGCGCCUCCAGUCGAGCUAGCACCAAGAGAUCCUGUGCCCGAUGCGCCACCAUUUCCAGCUCCUGUAGUAGAGGACCCGCCAGAAAUGCUUCCAGAUGAACCACCAGAGGCACUUCCAGAUCCAGAAGCACCUAGAGAACCAAAUAGCCUCCGGAUGAACCACUUGAAGUACUUCCGGAUCCUGAUAGACCUCCAGAGAGACCCCCAGAAAGACCACCAGAAGCACUUCCAGAUCCAGAAGCACCUAGAGAACCAGUACCUGAAGCACCGAGGCUACCAGAAGUAG